AAAAGAAUUCCAACUAGGAUAUCCCGCCACGUGUCGAAAACUGAACCUCUUCUGGUCCUAAAAUCCACCCCUGCAAUUGUAAUCCUUUUUCACGGUGGUCGAGUGAGCUUCUUCAACUACUUCGUUGUCGGAAUUAAGAAAUGGCGGCGGCGGCUUUUGCUGUUCCGAUACCGAAAUCUUCUCAAUUGGCUUCUCGAGAACUCAAUACUGCCUUUCUCAGUUGCUCGCCGUUGAAGGCCCUCUGUUUUCACCCCAAAUUCAGAAGAAGCAAAGAACUCAGUUUGGUGGUGGCCGCCGCCGCCGCAGACAGCGGCGGAGGUGGAGGAAGGUUUUACUUCAACUUUACUGGGUUCCCAUUCCCCCUCGGCCCUUUUCUCAACCGCCAAACUUUGAGAUACGAGGCAGUGAAAGAUGCAAUAUGGUUAUUUGAACAAGAGCAAGCACUUGGUUUCAGCAGUGUGUCAACAAACAUUCGUAUGACCGUUAUCAAGCUCAAAUCUGGUGGAUUAUGGGUUCAUGCCCCUAUUGCUCCAACUAAAGAGUGCAUUCAGCUAGUGAAAGAGUUAGGUGCUCCCGUGGAGUAUAUUGUCCUUCCCACGUUUGCAUACGAGCAUAAGAUAUUUGUUGGCCCGUUUUCAAGGCAGUUCCCUCGAGCUCAGGUGUGGGUGGCACCAAGGCAGUGGAGCUGGCCACUCAAUUUGCCCCUCGAGUUUUUUGGAAUUUUUCGUGCCAGAAUAUUGGAAGAUGAGGAUUUGUCAACCCCGUGGGCUGAUGAAAUCGAGCAGAAAGUUUUGAGCUCUCCUGAAGUUGGAAUCGGACCGUAUGUUGAGGUGGCAUUCUAUCAUAAGCGCACAAGGACGCUGCUGGUAACAGAUGCUGUGAUAUACGUUCCCAGGCAGCCGCCUGAAUGUAUUAGCAAGGAGUCGUUACUAUCAUCUGCAAAGAACGGUUUGGCUGUCAAGAUUCUUAGCAAGGGAAGAGAAGUACGCGAGGAGCCAGUUGUUGACAACAAUAUUAACAGACAGAAAGGAUGGGAAAGAAUGGUCCUCCAGAUCUUGUUCCUUGGCCCCUCGAAUCUGUUGGAGCCGAAUGCUAGCUUCUCUCAAAUGUCACAGAAGUUGAUCGUCUCACCCAUCGUGAAAACUCUAGUCUUCAACAAAGUUCCUGAAAAGGUUAGAGAUUGGAUAGAUAGGAUCUCGAGGGACUGGAGGUUCAAGAGGAUAAUUCCAGCACAUUUUGCUGGCCCGAUAAACGCAAGUAGAUCCGAGUUCUUAGCAGCAUUUGGCUUUCUUGAUGAUCUCUUGGGUGAAACACGGCCUUCGCUCUCCCUGCUCUUCACAUCGCUGUUGGGGAAGGCUGCCAGUUAUUUCCCUCCAGACGACAUGAGGACCCUAUCGUCUCUGGAUCAGUUCUUGGUGUCAGUCGGGGCUGUCAAGAAGACCGUCUCAGGCCGUAAGAAAUGACCAAAAACAAGUAUGAAUUUCUGGUAAAUUUUGUAGAUAGUUCUGAUAUUACUUGUCUGAACAAUCAAUAUCAUUUUAUCAUAAUCUGCUGAAAUAUAUUUUGAACACUGGAGAAAA